CUGAGAGGCUCUGAACUCCGCUGGAAUGCGAACCUCACUGCACCGUCCUCUGCUCUUUGCUUGUUCUCUCCGGAGGUUCCUGUUCCAGGCUGCUUUGCUUCGCUGGACGGAAGUCCUUGACCACAACGCUCUGUCGCAAAUGACGGGGAGCCUUCACUUGAAAGUUUACAUACGGGGUCUGGAUACGCUAGGGUGUAUGGACAGCUGUGGUACAUCUGUGUUCUGGAAAACAGGCCGAAACUCUCUCCGAGUCUAGCCCUCUCUCCUCUGUCUCUCACCCUAUCGAUUCCAAGCGCGUCUCUCGGCCUUGUGACUCCCCUGUUCUCCAUCGGCUUGCUUGGUUUCUCUCGCUCUCUUGUCCCCUGUCGAUCUCGCUUGCAGUUGAAGAGCGCGAGUUUUGCCGUUCCGAUCCUGCCGAGAGAGAGAGAGCCGCCAUGGAACUGCUGCGGGUGGAGCCUGCACUCCUGAGGCUGGCCAGGCCUCUGCAUGCACUGCCCCAUGCGCGCUGUCUGCAGCCGCCAACUGAAGCAGGGUCCCCGCAUUUUGACGCCCCACCACGUCUCCCGUCUCCUCUCGCUUCCUCCUCUCUCUCUUCUCUCGCUUCCUCCUCUCUCUCUUCUCUCGCUUCUUCCUCUCUCUCUUCUCUCUCUUUUCCAACAGCAACGCCUCGCUGCUCUGUCGCGUCUUCUUCCUCGUUCCGCUCUUCUUGUUCUUCCUGCUCUCCUUUUUUCGCUCGCUUCUUCUCUGCGCUGGCCUGUCCGUCUCCUUCUUCACUGCCUAGCAGGCCCGCCUCCCCGCCUUCCUCUCGUGUCUCUGUUCUUUGUCCGUUCGUCUCUCCGUCUCCUGCUUCUUCCUCUUCUGCCUUCUCCCGGUCUUUUCGCAGUGAACCAUCCGACGUCUCUCGCCGCGCUCGACUGGUCUCUUCCAAAAGUUUCCCUGUGUUUAGAUUCGGCGAGGCUGGUGAAAACGACGAGAAACCUCGAAGCGACAUCGUGUGCCCCCGAGACUGCCUCCUCUCUUCUCACUCCUCUUCCUUUUCUUCUUCCUUUUCUUCUUCCUUUUCUCGGUCGCUGUACUCCGCGUCGUCUCCUGCAUCUCGGGCGUCGAGGCGUUUCGCUUUCAAGCGGACAUUUUCUUCUCUUGCUCCAGCAGAAGCGACGAACGUGAAGCGGCAGACGCCCAAGACGAGCGGCCAGCGUCGCACCCUGUCCCUGGAUGAGGCACUCUAUCUUGCCAAAGAGGCGAACGUCUAUACAGUUGAGGAGCUUCAGCGAAUCAUCAUGCAGUCCCCGUCCUUCUCUCCCGACCAAGACCCCCUCCUGCUGGAAAAUUUCUUCACCACGGCUGAGGAGGAAGAGUCGGACUCGGCAGGCCAUUUUGCGCCAGAGCAAGGCGCAGACGCUGCUGACAGUCUCUUGACCGAGCUUGGCGCGUUUGACGAAGGCCCCGCGGAAGGCAGCGGAGAGAGCGAGCAGAAGGAGGACGGCUCCAGCGACAGCGCUCUGAUUUCAGGAGCGAUUGUUCGAGCCUUCAAUCCGGAGCGCAUGAAGGUUUUCAUGCACAACGGCUGCGAGUGGCUGUGGCAAGCCGAGGGCACAGGGACGAGGAAGCGGGCCGCUGCCCAUGUCAUCAUUCGCCGAGGCACCGGUCAAGUUCGCGUAAACAACGACGAGGACCUGUACGUUCGGUGGCCGUUCUACUACAACCGCAUGGACGUACUGCAGCCGUUCUUUUUGACAGGAACUGCAGGGAUUUACGACCUCUUCAUCCAUGUUCGGGGAGGCGGGUCCUCCGGCCAGGCAGGCGCUGUUCGCCUGGCCGUGGGGCGGGCGCUGGUCAGCGCCUGCCCUGCAUGCGCGCGUUUGCUCGAGGAAGACAUGGUCCUCUAUGAGGACACACGCCAGCGCAUGCCCAAGAUGCCGGGUCGCAUGAAGGCCCGCAAAAUGCGGACCUGGACAAAGCGAUGAACGUCAAGAGACUCAUGUAUGCGUGUACACGUUUACGUGGAAAAAUACACACACAGACACAUAUUUGCGUGUGACCUUUGCGUCUCUCUGAAUAUAUGCAUAGACUGGUGCGGUAGAGAAACGCGGGCCUGGCUCGACUUCCCGUUAUUUCAGAACAAAAGAUCCGUACAGACUGACACGCAGAAGGAGACUACCGAAGUGAAUAGGGAAGAAGGGGGGGAUUUGUCUGGCUGGACGCUGUAGAUACAUUCGUGGGGGUGUCUGCUGAAAUUUAUGGAGCUCGUAGGAAAACGUGUGUUGCUGGGUCUUUUUUGGUUCGAUUUUCAACUGUUUUUGUGUAACUGUCGAUCUGCUGGACGGCACUGAAUCUCGUAUGAUUUUGAAAGCGCAAGGCGCUGUCUUUUGUUCCAUUGACCUGCCUGUCAAUCGGUUUCCACACUG